ACUGCCUGUCUACAAAAUACGCAGGCCGCACAAAAUUAACCUAAAUUCGAAUGUGUGUUCGGUUUUCCACAUUUUAAUUAACAAUUAUGAGUGGAACGGAUAAAUUUACUUUGUACGUGUACGACGGGGACUACGGAUUACCAUCUUUAGACAUCGAGUGCACGCAAUCGAUACUUUAUUCCGCGGUAGCGAAGAUUCCGGUGCAAGUGAAGUUACUCAGCGACUUGAAAACAUGUAUGUUUUACGGCGGGCCUACGUUUGUGCAUAAAAAUUUGUAUUUCAAAUCGUUCAAUGACAUGAUUUUAUAUUUGAGAACGUUGCAUAUCAACCUCGACGCUAAUUUAAAUGCGAAACAGAAGAGCGAAGCGCUUGCCCUCACCACUCUUGUGCAAACCAAACUGAAAACUGUUCUCGAAUAUUUGUUGUGGGUGGAUCAAAGGAAUUGUGAAGAGUUUACCAAAGUUUGGUAUAUGAAAGUCCUCCCGAUGCCAGUAAAUUAUGUUCGUACCAGUAGAUUUAGAAAUAAUGCCAUGAAUCUGAUUGAAGGACGUUUUCCAGAAGACUACAAUUUGGAGUUAGUGAAGAACUGUGUUGUUACGUUGGCAAACGAAUGUUUAUCUUCCUUAGCGACCCGUUUGGGUACAUCCGAGUAUUUUUAUGGAAACGCACCAACCAGUUUGGAUGUGAUUUUGUACAGUUACAUAGCUCCACUGGCCAAAUUACCUUUUCCAUCAAAUGACAUUAGUAAUAUCAUUACCACUUUGCCAAAUCUGUUAAGUUUCAUAAAGAGGAUUGAUGCCAAGUACUUCCCAGAUAUACCAAAACAGUCAAAAUAUCUCAAAAAUCAAGAAAAAAAUAAGACAAGCGAUGAAGAUGUCUCAUAUGUAGCUAUUUCGAUACUUACUCUUAGUGCGAUGUCGCUCGUUAUUGGAUUUGCCGUUACCCGAGGAUUUAUUUCUUCUAGAUAUUUUUACCGAUGAUUAAAGAAAGCAUGAUGCAUAUUUUUUAGGAGGAUAUUUGUACUUUGUUUUUAUUUUGUAUAAAUGUGCAGUAAUAAAAUAUUGCUCAUUAAUGGAUUUUCUAUUUGUUA